AUGCAGUAUUGCAACAGCAAUAGCAACACCAGUUGUGGCAGCGGUAGUGGCAGUGGAGGCGGCAACGCAAACAUUUUAGUGGGGGGUGGUACAAAUGGCAAUAGCUGUGGCGGUGGCGGUAGCAGCAGCGGUGGCAGUGGCAGUAGUGGUGGCGAUGGCGGCAGAAACUACGGCAGUGGCAAUGGCUAUAUUGGCGUUGGUGGUAGAGGCGCUUACAGCUUUCUUGAUGGCAACGAAGAACUCACAACGAUGACGCAUUACGCUGGAGGAGGCAGCAACAGUAAUGGCAACAGCAGUAGUCGUGGGAAUAUGCUGCACCACCACCACCAGGUGCAUCAGAUGCAUCAGCAGCAACAACAACCCAACCAAUAUCAUCACCAUCAAUAUCAACAGCAGCACCAACAACACCAGGUGCCGAUAAAGUUGUCACCCGGCAGCACAACACCACCGCCGCCAACAACACCAUUAGCAGCUGGACUAACGCCAAUACUACAUUUGCCGUCGGCGUCCGCAACGGCACUGCCGCCGCUAUUGCCACCACCAGCGCAACCGUCGCAUUACUUCGAAACCAACGACGAGUAUGCGUGA